AUGGAACACCAGCGAUUGCCGGGCUUUGUUGGCCUCUCGAUUCCGGUUGCAGCCCUGAACGACCAGGUUCUAUUACGCUCAACUCGGCUGGCGGGUACGCAACAGGCUGUGCUGUGCGUUGCUCGAGUCGACGCGGGACACUGGACGCUUUCACGGGGUUGGGCGCUCCGGACGAAUGCACUCGUUGUAACAGAAGCGCUGCCGAGCGGUGAGGCGCGGACUUGGCUACGGACACGUGGGUUCCCGGGUGCGGCUCUCACCCGAAAAACGCUCACCAGGAAACAGAAUAACGAGUCGAGAUCGGGGCGCGAGCGAGUCGCCCAUGCAGGACGUGAACAAGUUUCGUGCAGCUCGCUUGCAAACGCGCUCGACGUGUCCGAGUCUCCGCUCGCACACCUGUUGCGAACAGACACCACCACGCGCAUAUGUCUCUUCACUGGCAAAGGCGGGACCGGGAAAACGACCACUUCCGCUGCCGUAGCGCAUCGACUCGCAUCAGCCGGUCUACGCACGCUGGUUGUGUCUACGGACCCGGCACACUCGCUCGGUGAUGCGCUCGGUGUUGACCUUGGCACGGAGGCGGCGUCGCUCGAUGAACUGGUGCUGAUCGAGCCAGCUUCACAGGGGCGCUCAAGCGUGCGUGGCCAAGUGCAACGCGUAGCACCAAACCUGGACGCACUGGAAAUCGAUAUUACUGCUGCUGCGGAGGAGUUCAAGGCCCUCAUUUCGACGCAGCGUCUGAUCGAUUUAAACAAGUUGGGGUUGGCAGAUGUGCAAGAGCUUUUGGAUACCGUACCUCCCGGGGCUGAUGAGUUUGUUGCGCUCUCGCUUAUUUUGGACCUACUGGAACGCUAUGAUCGGGUGGUUAUCGAUACGGCACCCAGCGGGCACACGCUCCGAUUGCUAUCGUUUCCCGAUUUUCUGGAUUCCUUUCUGGGCAAGCUCUUGCAACUCAGGGGUAAGCUGGGUGUGAUCUUGAAUACAGUCUCUGGUUCGGUGAAUAGAAAGCAAUGGGAGGAGGCCGCCUCCAAAAUUGGUACAUUUCAGCAGCGAAUGCAGCAACUCGGAUCCCUGCUCCGUGACGAGAAAUCCACGGAAAUCGUUGUGGUGACCAUUGCGACAGAGCUAGCCGUCCGAGAGUCGCUUCGAUUGAUCGAUGAAUUAACUCACAAGAGGAGCUUAUCGGUCUCUGCUGUCAUCGUGAACAUGGUGCUGCAACCAUCCGCGAAGGGCGCGUACAUACACUCGAUGCAAAGCGCGCAGCAGGAGUUUCUUGAACGCUUGCACCAACGACUCGGUGCUACGCAUGGAUACGAUAUCGUUCAGGUCCCUAUUUUCGAUACGGAGAUUCGCACAGUGUAUGGUGCUCGCGCCUUCGCUGCCUGUCUGUCGCCAUUGUGGUCUGAUGAGAAGCCGCGCCUGCGCAAAGUGGUCCUCACCGCUGCUAAAGGCGGCUGUGGAAAGACCACGACAGCGGGAGCCAUCGGCGUGCACCUUGCCGAUACCGGGCAACGCACUAUCGUGGUCUCAACGGAUCCGGCCCAUUCUCUGGGCGACUUAUUCGACGUGAAAGCACCGUCCGGCUCCUACCUGAAUGAUGUGACACUGAUCGCUGAAAAUCUUUCCAUCCUGGAAGUCGAUGCGGAACGAGCGCUGAUCGAAUUUCGGGAAACGCUAGAAUCGCUCCGUUCCGCGAAGAUUUUGGGUCUGGAUCUGGACAUUGGUGAUCUGGGGAACCUGUUUGACGCGCUGCCUCCAGGCAUCGAUGAGCUCGUGGCGCUCUCUCGCGUCGUGAACCUGAUAUCAUCCGAGUAUGACCAUAUUGUGAUCGAUACUGCGCCGACUGGGCACACACUGCGCCUGCUUGCGUUUCCGGACUUUCUGGAUGGUCUGCUCGGGAGGAUCCUCCGCCUCAAAUCGAAGCUAGAUGGUAUCACGCAGUUCUUUUCGGGUCUCGGUGGACGCAGCGAUCGUACUGAACCUGAGCUGACCCCGGCCCAACGCUUGAGUCGAUUUCGGGAACAGCUUAUGGAGCUGAGGGAUCUUCUUCACGAUCCGGAACGAAGCGAAGUCGUUCUAGUUACGCGGCCUACCUAUCUGAACGUUGUGGAAACAGAGCGCUUGGCACAAGCACUUGCAAGACAGCGUAUUGCGUCGCAUCGUCUCGUGAUCAAUCAGGUUGUACCACCAACGCUACGAGACUUGGAGCGCUUUGUGCAUCGGCUUGUUCGGGAACACGGUCAGCAGACUGAACGUUUACAGCAGGCACUACCCUCGCAAACGCGUCGAAGCGGUGUUAGUCCUCUCAUCGUUGUGCCGUAUUUCGACCGGGAGGUUCGUGGUGAGGCCGGUCGGAGCGACGGCGGUUUAGAACUAUUCGCGCGGUACCUUUUCCGGGACAGCGCUUCGGACUAG